AUGAGCAGGAAGAGGAGAGAAGGAGGCGCCGGCGGAAGAGGCGUUGGGCCGGGGGAUCAUCACGGCGGCAAGGGGUCCGGCGCGACCAUGACCGAUGCGCUGUCCAUGGACGGCGGCCUCCGGGAGGUGUCGGUCUCCGCCGUCUUCUCCGUCUGGUGCCUCCUCUUCCUUCUCCGCUCUCAGUUCCUCCACAGCCAGACCGACGACCAUUCAGAUUUCUACGAGGAUCACGGCAAGCGCGACAGCUACUGCAAGGUGAUGCCGCUGGAGGCCUACGUGUUGCCCUACCAUAACGUGUCCUCCCCGACGUACCAGUCCUACUCGCCGCGCCAAGAAGCGUCGUUCGCGUCCCCGCCUGGGCUGCCGCCGUCCAACGGCACCGGCGGCAACGCGUCGUCGGCCGAGGCGGCCUUCGUGGGGCUCGACGAGUUCCGGAGUCGGAUCAUGCAAGGAAAGGCGGAGAACGACACUGGCCGGCCCACCGAUGGCGCCGGAGCCACGCACCGCCUGGAGCCCAGCGGCGCCGAGUACAACUACGCCGCGGCGUCCAAGGGCGCCAAGGUGCUCGCGCACAACAAGGAGGCCAAGGGCGCGUCCAACAUCCUCGGUGGCGACAAGGACAAGUACCUGCGCAACCCGUGCUCCGCUGAGGAUAAGUUUGUCGUCGUCGAGCUCUCGGAGGAGACGCUCGUCGACACCAUGGCGCUCGCCAACCUGGAGCACUACUCCUCCAACUUCAGGGACUUCGAGGUGUACGGCAGCAUGAGCUACCCGACGGAGGCGUGGGAGCUGCUGGGCCGCUUCACCGCCGAGAACACCAAGCAUGCGCAGCGCUUCGUGCUGCCGGAGCCCAAGUGGGCGCGCUACCUCCGCCUGCGCCUCGUCAGCCACUACGGCUCCGGAUUCUACUGCAUCCUCAGCUACCUCGAGGUGUACGGCGUCGACUCCGUCGAGCGGAUGCUCCAGGACUUCAUUGCCGGCUCCGGCCCUGAAGCCGACGCCUCCAAGGAUCGUGCCGCCGCGGCCAUCGACGUCGCCAACAGGGACGUGGGCCGAAACGACACCACCCAGCCGGCGCGCCAGCAGCUCCACGGCAAGCUGGACGCCGGCGCCGGGCGGAACGACAGCACCGCCGGCGACGCCAAGAACAACAGCUCCAGGGGGGCCGCCGACGAAGCAAAGCCGCCGACACAGGCCAAGGAGACGAAGCCAAUGCAGUUUGCGGCGGCGGCGUCGACGGGGCGGACCCACGGCGACGGCGUGCUCAGGAUCCUGAUGCAGAAGAUGCGAUCGCUGGAGCUGGGCCUGUCGACGCUGGAGGAGUACACAAGGGUCCUCAACCAGCGAUACGGCGCCAAGCUGCCGGACCUGCAGAACGGGCUCUCGCAGACGGCCGUGGCACUCGAGAAGAUGAAGGCCGACGUGCACGACCUCGUCGAUUGGAAGGACAACGUGACCAAGGACCUGAGCGAGCUCAAGGACUGGAAAUCAACCGUCUCCGGCAAGCUGGACGACCUGAUCAAGGAGAACGCGGCGAUGAGGUCGAGCAUGGAGGAGAUGCGGGGUGUGCAGGAGACGCUGCAGAACAAGGAGCUGGCGGUGCUGUCCAUCAGCCUCAUUUUCGCGUGCCUGGCGCUGUCCAAGCUGGCGUGCGACCGCGUGCUCUUCCUCUUCGCCGGCAAGGAGGAGACGGAGGAGAGGAUGUGCCGCAGCCGCAGGACCAGCAAGGCGUGGAUGCUCGUGCUCGCUAGCAGCAGCUUCACCACCCUCAUCGUCCUGCUCUACAACUGA